AGAAUAAGUCAUUGUGUUUUUAGAACCAGUGAUCAUCAAGCUUAAUCUUAUUUUAUCAGCAGGAGAAACAAAUUGAGGCAUCUUGUUUAAGUGAGAGCUGGCACUGAAACCUCCAGAUUUCUAUGCCCAUGUUUAUGCCACUACACACUGCCUCCCUGACAGGUUCUGAGAUAGGUAUUACUUUUGUAGAUAGAUUUAAAGAUAGAUAUGUAAAUAUAUAUCUGUAAAUAAUCUAGAAAUGUACAAACUUUAGGGCUUUUUGCUACAAUUGUGAGUUAAAAGGUUUUUAUAUAAAUUUUUUGUAGAACAAGCUAAAAUUUUCCUAAGGUCAUGAAAGCACAUGAGAAGUGACAAAAUGUUUGUCUCUGUUAAAGCUAGACAUCAAGAUAAGUUUGCUACUGGAUAAUCUUGGUAGCUGUUGGUCUGACUCUUACAAACAUUAGACAUGUCUUCCUUGAUAACAUGUAUUUUUUAAUUGAAUUUUACUCACCUUAAGAGAUAACUGUGCCCUAACCGGUUUGGCUCAUUGGAUAGAGCGUUGGCCUGUGGACUGAAGGGUCCCAGGUUCGAUUCCAGUUAAGGGUUAAGGGCAUGUACCUUAAUUGCGGGCACAUCCCUAGUAGAAGGUGUGCAGGAGGCAGCUGAUCAAUGUUUCUCUCUCAUUGAUGUUUCUAACUCUCUAACCCUCUCCCUUCCUCUCUGUAAAAAUAUAUUUUUUAAAAAAGAGAGAGAUAACUGUAUUGCUUUUGCUUCUACCCAGAAGCAUCUUAAAUCCUAAAAACAACUUAUCCUGGUAUAUUCUGUUUUCUUUAUUUUACAAAAGAGAAAGUGAGGUUCAGAAGUAUUAAGUGCUUGCCUGAGGCCAUCCCACUAACAGGUGUCAGAUUGGGAAUGCAAAGCUAUCCAAAUGGCCCCGGAGCCAGACCUUCUUGCACUACAUUGCCCUGUCCCCUGUCGGCUCUAUCCUCUGGUCAUCUCUGUAGGAAAGCGGAAACAAGAAGGUACUGCAUUGUUCGCCUCAGCUGAGAGCAUGCACAUCAAGGAACUCAAAAUCUUCCCUGGGGGCAGCGGCCAGCACCUGCAGCAGUGGGCACCGGGCACCUGUCGGAGAGUCUCAGACUUGAGGCCGGAGGCUCCACUCCCUGCGAGCCCAGAUGCCACUCCAGCCUUCAAGCAAAGACACAGAAGAGAUGGAAGCAGAGGGUGAUUCGGCUGCCAAGAUGAACCGAGAGGAAGAAGAGAGUGAGGAGGAACGAAGUGGCAGCCAGACCGAGUCCGAGGAGGAGAGCUCAGAGAUGGACGAUGAGGACCACGAACAGCGCCGCAGCGAGUGCGUCAAUGAGAUGCUGGAUCUGGAGAAGCAGUUCUCGGAGCUAAAGGAGAAGUUGUUCAGGGAACGACUGAGUCAGCUGCAGGUGUGGCUGGAGGAAGUGGGGGCUGAGAGAGCACCCGAAUACACAGAGCCCCUGGGGGGGCUACAGAGGAGCCUCAAGAUUCGCAUUCAGGUGGCAGAGAUCUAGAAGGGCUUCUGUCUGGACGCGAUCAGGAAUAAGUAUGAGUGUGAGCUGCAGGGAGCUAAGCAGCACCUGGAGAGUGAGAAGCUGCUGCUCUGUGACACGCUGCAGGGGGAGCUGCAGGAGCGGAUGCAGAGGCUGGAGGAGGACCGCCAGAGCCUGGACAUCAGCUCGGAGUGGUGGAUGACAAACCACACCAGAGGCAGCUCAAGGACCUGGGACUCCCUGCCGCCCAGCAAGAGGAAGAAGGCACCCCUCGUUUCUGGCCCUUACAUCGUGUACCUGCUGCAGGAGAUCGACAUCCUGGAGGACUGGACGGCUAUCAAAAAGGCUAGGGCAGCUGUGUCCCCUCAGAAGAGAAAAUCAGAUGGACCGUGACCCUGCGAUUCACAGCCAGCGGGGCGCCUUGGAGCAACAGGCACCAAAACCCGGAUUGACAUUUUCCUACUGCAGCCAGGCAGACGGACAAUCCCUCGGGGUCUUUCCAGCCGGCUCUCCAGUGCUGCUGCUGGGCACUCCCUUCCAGCCCUCACUGGUCUGGACUCCUCUGCUCCUGCUCAGGGCUUGUACAGCUGUGGCCCAAGCUGUCCUAGUCGGGCCAGACUGAGUCCCUCAUCCCCAACAGCCCCUCCCUUCCCCUGCCGAAGUCUGCCCCCUAGGUCCCUCCCUGACAAAGAAGACCUGCCUCAUCUUAAGCCAAAGCACGUCCUUCCUGCUGACUUUGGACAUGGCUCCCCACUCACCGAGCCAGUGUGUUGGACCCACUUUGUGGGAACUCUGAACCAGAAGUCCUGUUUGGGGUUGGGGGGGCGGGGGGGAGUGCUGUCCUGGCUCUUGCUGUGCUGAGAAGGCAGGCUCCCCAGGUCUUCUCAAGGCAGUCCUUGGUGCCUGCCUCCCACACUGCGGGGACUGGAAUUAAAGCAUUUCCUGGGUCAAAAAAAAAA